UCCCGUUCUAGAUUGCAGGUUGGUGAAUCCAAGACCGUAAAGCCAUGACGAUCUCUUACAAUGGCAGCCUCCAAAAAGCCACUUUCUUCCUAAUAGGCUUCCAAGGUCUGGAAGCUCUCCAUGGCUGGAUCUCUAUUCCCUUCUGCUCCAUCUACUUGACAGUUAUUGUAGGAAACCUUACCAUCCUCCACCUCAUCCAUACCGAUGUCACCCUCCAUGAACCCAUGUACUAUUUCUUGGCCAUGCUGGCCCUGACAGACUUGGGCCUUUGCCUAUCUACACUGCCCACUGUGUUGGGCAUCUUCUGGUUUGAUGUCAGAGAGAUUACCAUCCCCGCCUGCUUCACUCAGCUCUUCUUCAUCCAUACCUUGUCACUGGUAGAGUCUUCAGUUCUAUUGUCCAUGCCCAUUGACCGCUAUGUGGCCAUUUGCAAUCCAUUGCGUUACUCCAUGGUCUUUACACCUGCACGUAUCAUCAAGAUGGGGCUGAGCUCAAUUCUUAGAAGUGCCCUGCUCAUCCUGCCCCUGCCAUUCCUCCUUAAACGCUUCCAGUACUGCCGCUCCCAUGUGCUGGCCCGUGCUUAUUGUCUGCACCUAGAGAUCAUGAAGUUGGCCUGCUCUAGCAUCAUUGUCAAUCACAUAUAUGGGCUCUUUGUUGUGGCCUGCACUGUUGGUGUGGAUUCACUGCUCAUCUUCUUCUCCUAUGCCCUCAUCCUCCGCACUGUGCUAAGCAUUGCCUCCCGCCAGGAGCGACUUCAGGCCCUCAACACCUGCGUCUCUCAUAUCUGUGCUGUGCUACUCUUCUACAUCCCCAUGAUUGGCUUGUCUCUCGUGCACCGCUUUGGUGAACAUCUGCCCCGUAUUGUACACCUCCUCAUGUCUUACGUGUAUCUGCUGGUCCCACCUCUCAUGAACCCCAUUGUCUACAGUAUGAAGACCAAGCAAAUCCGUAUCCGCAUUGCUAAGAAGCUUGAGAUUGUAAAAUCCCUUAAGUGUUUUCGAUAG